AUGGCAACCAUGGACUCCUACAGAUCUGUUUGCGAUCGAUUCAACGUUAGAAGAGCAACUGCUAUUCGGGCUGUGCGAAGGGUCACCCGUGCACUUUUCUUAAAGUCUUCGACAUUUAUUAAGUGGCCUACUGACGAUGCUGUAAGAAUUAUACAAGGAUUUGAAGAAAGCAGUGGAUUUCCAAAAACCAUUGGGGCUAUCGAUGGUACUCACAUUCGAAUCGAUGCUCCAAAAGAAAACCCUGUCGAUUAUAUAAACCAUAAAGGAUUUCAUUCAAUACAGUUACAAUUGGUGUAUGACCACAGAACUUUGAUCAGACACUGUUCUGCUGGGCAUCCUGGCUCUGUUCAUGACCAACGAGUUUUUCGUCAUUUUGAAGUGGUAAACUAUUUGAAUGACGAAGAGAAAUUCCCAGCUGACAGUCAUAUAUUGGGAGAUGCCGCAUACGAGAUUCAUCAACACCUAUUGACCCCCUUCAGAGACAACGGACAUCUAACAGCAGCACAGAAAAAUUAUAAUUAUCGUCUGUCAGCAGCCAGAGUGACAGUUGAAAGAUGUAUUGGUCUAUUAAAAGGGCAUAUGAGAAGUUUAUUACACUGUCUGCCAAUGUCAAGAGUGGAUUUAAUGGCGGAACAUAUAGUAGCGUGUUGUUUGAUCCACAAUAUCUGUACAUUAAGAAGUGAUGAAAUUGAGGUUACCAUCAUAUUUCCAACUCUACAAGAAUAUGACAGGAACCAUGAUAUUUUGCAUCAAGGAAGACAGAAUGCUGGAGUUGCCAAAAGAAAUUUGAUUAUGAACACUUUACGGUUAUAA